AUGGCAGAUGUUGUUCAAACACAUGACACAAAACUUGAAAAGCUCAGAUUUAAUAGCAAUAUGAAUCAAACAUCACCAUCAUCAAUCUAUAAUAAUAAUAAUGUUAAUCAAAUAUCAGCAUCAUUAUUCAAUAAUAAGAAUAAUAUGGAUCAAACAUUAGCAACAUCAUUUUAUAAUAAUAAUAGCAAAAGGAAUCAAAAAUCACCAUCAUCAUCUUCUAAUAAUAAUAGUAAUCAAACAUUGUCAAUAGCAUUGAAUAAUAAUAACAAUAUAAAUCAAAUAUCAUCAUUAUCAUCGUCUAAUAAUAAUAAUAUGAACCAAACAUUACCAACACCUUUUGGUAUUAAUAAUUAUAUAAAUCAAACAUUCCCAGCUCCAUCAACAUCAUUUUAUAUGAAACCCGUAACAAACCCGUCAAAUAAAAUAUUAAGUAUCGAUGAAAUGAAUGCACUUGCUAAUGGGUUACAUCACGUUUAUUCAUCAGGAGUUUUUGAUCAAACAGGAUUUAUAUGUAAUAUAGAACAUUUUUAUGCUAAACUUAUGAAUGUUAGAACGGAUUAUCGACACUAUGAACAAAAACAAACAGAUGAAAAUGUAAUUCAUAAACUUACACCUGCUCAAUUGAAUAUUGCUUGUCAGAUAAGAUCCAUUUCAAAUAUGAUAAAAGACAAAGCACAAAUUGAAUUAAAAACAUUGCGAGAACAACAUAAAUCAUCAAUUAACUUGCUGAAACAACUUGCUAAAGAUCAGUCGAUCAUAAUAACGAAACCUGAUAAAGGACGAGGAGUUGUGCUUAUGAACCGUACGGAUUAUAUUGAAAAGAUGGAAGAAAUAUGA